AUGAGGCAUACAGGUAAUGAAAUUGUGUUUUUGUUAAUGAAAAAGGAAAAAAGUGUUAUACGAUUCUUUCAUGAAGAAAUUGUGCAAUAUAACUACACACUAUUGUUUAAAAAGGAAUCAAGCUUUAUACCAGAAAAGACGAUCUCAGAAGUUGAAAUAAGUACCAAAAUGGACGACACAAUCAGAGAACCGGAGGAUCACUUCAUAAGAUUCGGACCAGAAGUAGUAGAAGAGAUCAGAAGAGAACAUAACUUUGAUAAGAAAGAGGAUAGAGACGAAGCUAUCGCUAUUAUAGAAAAAUGGUUGAAAUCACAGGAUCAUUUAGUAAAAAAAGAUUUUGAUAGAGCCUACCUAGAAAGGUGUAUAAUAACAAGCAAGAGUUCUCUAGAAAGGACAAAAAAACAGAUUGACAAAUUGGCCACGUUCAAAACGUUAGUUCCAAAGUACUUCCAAGUUAUAAACAUACUUGACAGUGAUGUUACUCCUAUUUUACAUGCUGGAUAUUUCGCGAUUCUACCAACACUAACCAAAGACUACCACAGGGUUUCAGUACUCAAACUCAAGUCAACUAUAGAUAUCAAGUCUACAUAUUUCGAACAACUCUUCAAAUUUAUAGUGGUUGUAGCUGAAUAUUUGAAGAGCAACGAUUACUGCCGCGGAUACAAACUUAUAGUUGACCUGAUGGACGUUAAUCCAUCUGACAUAAUCUCCAAACUUAAUUUAGUGGAACUGCAACAGUUUCUACCAAUACUUACUGAAGGCUACGGCACGAAAAUAAAAGGGAUUAUAUACCUAACCAGUUCUAAAUUCAUUGAUGGCUUCAUUAAGAUCGUAAAACCAUUCUUCUCUGAGAAGAUAGCUAGUAGGUUGCACGUGGCUCCGAAUUUGGAAGCGUUGAGGGAGUUACUGCCAGAAGAAAUACUUCCAGAAGAAUAUGGUGGGAAGGCACCUUCUUUAUCAAUUUUACAUGAAAAAAUCGUCAAGCAAUUAAGUUCAGUACAACAACAAGCAAUAAUGAAGGAGAUGAACAGAGCUCGCACUGAUGAAACUAAAAGACAACGAGACAAAUUCAAUGAUCAGUACAUGGGCAUGGCUGGUACUUUUAGAACUUUAAGUUUGGAUUAA